CAUAUCCGCCAAACUAAGAAAAGCAUUUAGUCUUCCCUCAUAAUUUUUGCGCCUGUUCAAACGAAAGUGAUUCAAAAAAUACGAUGGUGCCGCUCAACAUUGAAGAACCUACCCUUUCUCACUCAUGGAUGUCAUCAAUGCCAUCUCUCUUUAAUUCGGAUUCACAAUUAUCCUACUACCACGACGAAGACGAGUUCGACACUACCAACGACUAUAAGAAAGACCAAUUUCCUCCUUAUGUAAAUCAAAGCAAAAACGUCAGAUUUAGCGAAUUCUCGACGCUUAAAUAUAUACCCAGCAAUGAAUCUUAUUCCGAACAAGAGCGAGAGGCCAUGUACCUCACAACGGAAGAUAAAGAGCGCAUUCGAGAAGAAAUCAGUGACACGCUAACAAAGAUCCAAUACGGUGAUCUUCCCGAUACGGAACUGGAAUAUUUCCGUGGGUUAGAAUGGAAGGGAAUUAGCUACCUCUACAAUCAGAAGAAAGCAAUUCGAGAGAUCACUCUGUCUCUGAUCCUCAGCGAACAAGAACAAAUGAAUGAAAUUUGUCCGGACUGGAUCGAAAACGUCUACUCGACAAUGACAAAAGAUUCGGUUGCCAAGGCACGCAAGAUGGCUCGCUGGGAUGCGCAGUGUGUGGAUAUGUCCGCGCAGUAAUCUGGACUGCAAGUUGACAAGCUAUAACAACCGCAAUUGUACAAUAAAUGCCCAAAGAUAUUAGAAUGUAUACAAAUGUACGCACAAAAAUGAAGAUAAAAAUAGAUCAAUGCA